AUGAUGCCAUCCAUGUAUAUUCUUUUUAAAGAAAAAAAAAAAGAAUUGUUGUUGAGAAAUAAACAUUACGCUAACCUAACAGUUACUUGGAUUGCAUGAAUGAAGUAUUUAAGGAUACAGUUCGACAGUUUAAGCCACUCCUCCAGUCACCUAAUCGACGACACCAAGAUGAACUGGAUUCUCGUUUCACAGCAGGUUAAGAGAACUCAAGUUGCGAUUUCCAGACAAGAUGUUUGAUGGGAGCUUGGCAAUGCCUUUCCACACGUUGAACCCAUGUCAUUUAUUGGGUCAUGUAAAUACACAUAGAGCCCUCCACAAGUCAAGGUUGCAACCAGUUCUAGCUAUACCCCCAUCAUCAAUUCUCUUGCACACAGAUGAGAGUGGUAAAUUUCCUGAUUCUAAGAAGGGUUCUGGUUUGAGAGGAAGGGAUUCUUCUGAUUCAUUGCUUAGUCAAGCAAAUACAGUGGGUAUAAUAGGAGGUAUAUCAGUGAAUUCUGCUUUGAAUUUCUUGAAAAAACUAGUCCAGGGGAGUUCAAAAGAAGGAAAAGAUUGCUUCCCUUUUGUUCUUUGCUCUGAUCCAGUAUUGAACAAGGAGCUUUUAUCACAUGAGAGAAAUUCUUGUCCUUGUCCCAGGAGGCAUAAUGAAAAAUCUCCAUCGGAUCAUUCUGCAAUUGCAGAGAAUCUGCAGAAUAAAAGGGUUUUUCUUGAGAAAUCAGGAGUUCAGUGCAUAGUAAUGCCUUGUCAUAUUUUGCAUUCAUGGCAUGAUGAGGUUUCUAAGGGGUGUUCUCUUCCAUUCCUUCAUAUGGGUGAGUGUGUUGCAAGGGAGCUCAAGGAAGCUAAGCUGAAGCCACUUGAAGCUGGUAGUCCUCUGCGGAUUGGGUUAUUAGCCUCCAAUGCAACUUUGGCUGCAGGGUUCUAUCAGGAGAAAUUGCAGAAUGAGGGAUUUGAGGUUGUGCUUCCAGAUAAAGCAACCAUGGAACACACUAUAAUUCCUGCAAUUGAAGCUUUAGACAGAAAUGACAUGGAAGGCGCACAGAAUUUGCUGAGAAUUGCACUGCAAGUUCUCCUUGUGAGGGCAGUGAACACAGUCAUCCUUGCUUCGGAAGAAAUGCGUGAUGUUUUGCCUGAGGAUGAUCCACUUCUCAAGAAAUGUAUUGAUCCAAUGGAUGCAUUAGCCCGUUCAACUAUAAAGUGGGCGCAAGCUGCAGAUAAAGGUACAUAAAUAAAGUCGAGAACAGGACUACUCUGUUCUUCAUGGAUCUCCAUUGAUGGAAAACCUAGUCUUUAGGUUAAAAUAUUUUGGUAUACAUAUAUUGUUGCCAUUCCUGGGGAAUGUAUGUGUUAAAAAUUGGUCCCUACACCGUUUGUUUUUCAGACAGUGAAAAUUAUCAGAUAGAACUGUAAUGAAUAUUUGUCAAAGAAAUACCUUCAUAGCUUCAGUAGAAAAUCAAGAAACAAAAAUCCUUUAGUGAAUGCUUGUUGAAGAAACCAAACAGUGUAUUUGUGUAGUAAUUAUUUGAAAGUAUUGCUGUGACUUUUUGUCUGCUUUCGUUUCAUUGUAAUAAACUUCCUUGCUAUAAACACAGCUUAUUUGGCCA